AUGUUCUUCCGAGGGGGACCUUGGCUUUGGCUUUACAUCAGAACAAGUAUCAUCCUAGGAAGAUUAAGUAGCCAAAAGCAACAUGGGAAAAAUAUUUGUUAUCAGUUUAACAAGUUUCAGUGCAGCUUCAAGGAAGCAGAAAAUUACUGUCAUGUCCAGGGAGGAAAUCUUGCUCACAUUUGGAGCCAAGAGAUUCAAGAGUUCAUCUGGGACUUUCUAGAACAAGAGCAGAGGUGGUGGGUUGGGCAAAAUGCAACACUGAUGAAAACCCGUCAAAAACACAACCCAGCAGAUGUUGCAAGCCACCAAGCCACAGAGCUCCCAUACUGCACCUAUAUGUCCAAAAACUCCAACUGGACUGCACCGAAAGAGGACCCCUGCUCCGUGGGGCACUAUUUCAUCUGCCAGGCUGCCCAGCAGAGUGAAAAGUCCAAGAUGCUGUGCAAUUCCGAAAAUCCGUUUCCUUUGGCGCCACCAAACGUGACACAGCAGGAAGUAUCAGUCUCAUCCAUCCCUCCCAGCCAGCCUCCCCACGUCACAGAUGAAAUAGUGAAGAACUUUAGCAGGGCAAUUCAUGGUUUGCAAACUCACAAUGAAUUGCAAAAGGCUUGUGAGGGCCUCCAGAAGCUGACCACCUUCAUGCCAAAAUUCUCCAAGCAAACUAAGAUCAUUGUCAUCGAUUCCCUUGUCUUCCUGAGUAAGCGGCUACAGAAUAUUCCGCUUCCUGACAGCUUCCUGCACGCGGAAGAUUCUGUGACCGUCAGCCUCUUCAAUUCCCUCAACAAUGUAAUUAAAGCUGGUGAUGCAGGUCAGGAGAGGUCCAACUUUGAUGACGAACAGGUAAAAAACAUGCUGGAAAUGUCCUUUCAGGCUCUUGGGGAGAUCCAGAAAGCAUUUAUACAGCAAAAUUCAUCUUCUGAGUCUUCACUGACUUUGACCUCUUCUGUUGCUACUCUGAUGCUGAGCAGCCAAAACAUAUCAACUUUGCCUCUGAGCUCUUUCACUGUGGGAGACCCUGCACCUGUGAGGCUGGGCUUUCCGUCUGCUUCAGCUCUGGAGGAGCUCUUGGAUAAACACCCGGGAGUUAACGUCCAGAUAACAGCACUAGCUUUCAACCCCUUCAAGAAUUUUGAUGACAAGAACAUUGUUGGAAGCAUUGGGAGCGUGUUACUAAGCUCUAAUCACAAACUGCUUGAAGUCCAUGAUUUAAAGGAAGAAAUUGAGAUCAUACUGUGGAGAAAUGCCAGCGUGGAAAUCCAUCCCACCAGCCUCAACCUGAGCGUAGACCGUUUUGUGAUCACAGUGAACGUCACGUCCCAGGAAAAAUCCCUGCUUGUGAGCGUAGAACCUGAAAGCCCUCUUUUAAUCACACUCUACCUGGGCUUCCAGUAUCAGCCGAACCACACUCAUUUCCACCAGAGCAUUACUCUUCCAAAGAAUUGGGUGCAGCAGAAAGAUGAGGAAUACACCUGGGUGCUGACUUCCGAGAGUCUGCAGUAUGGAGCGGGCACUUACUACAUAUCAGCUGUGCUGAACAAGAGCAAGGAGGAAGCCCAGCGGACGCCUAUCCUGUUCUCAAUCCUGACUGCUGCCACUCAGUGUUAUUUCUGGGACAGCUACAACAGGACAUGGAGGAGCAGCGGGUGCCAGGUUGGGCCGCAGAGCACACUUUGGAGGACGCAGUGUCUCUGUGACCACUUGACCUACUUCGGCAGCGACUUCUUGAUUGUGCCCAGGACAGUGAAUGUUGAAGACACAAUCAAACUGUUUCUUCGUGUGACCAACAACCCAGUAGGGGUAUCGCUGCUGGCCAGUGUUUUGGGAUUCUAUAUGAUUGUAGCUGUGUGGGCUUGGAAAAAGGAUCAAGCAGAUAAACGGAAGGUGAAGGUCACUGUCCUGGCUGAUAACGAUCCCAGCUCUCAAUUCGGCUACCUCAUUCAGGUCCACACUGGCUAUCGGAGAAGGGCCGCUACAACAGCCAAGGUGGUUAUCACCCUGUAUGGCUCAGAGGGGCGGAGCGAGCCACAUCACCUGUGUGACCCUCAGAAGGUCGUCUUUGAGCAAGGGGGGCUGGACGUCUUCCUGCUCACCACGCCAUCCUCCCUCGGCGAGCUGCACAGCCUUCGACUCUGGCAUGACAAUUCUGGCAGCAGCCCCUCUUGGUACGUGAGCCAAGUCAUUGUAAGUGACAUGGUGGUUCAGAGGAAGUGGCAUUUCCUGUGCAAUUGCUGGCUGGCUGUGGACCUAGGGGAGUGUGAGCGUGACCGGAUCUUCACGCCUGUCUCAAAGAGAGAGCUCUUUUCCUUUAGACACCUGUUUUCCUCCAUGAUUGUGGAAAAGUUCACGCAGGAUCAUCUGUGGCUCUCGGUGAUAACACGGCACCCCUGGAGCCAGUUCACCAGAGUCGAGCGGCUGUCGUGCUGCACGGCCCUGCUUCUCAGCAGCAUGCUCGUCAACGUCAUGUUCUGGAAGAGGAAUGGCACCACGGCCACGAGAGACGCGCAGGUGGAUACAUUUAUUGUAACCUGGUCUGAAAUACUUAUCAGCAUCCAAACAGCUGUCAUCCUUUUCCCGAUCAAUCUUAUAAUUGGACAUCUCUUCUCACUGAUUCAAACAGAGGACCCUCCGCCUCUCUUUCCCUCCAUCCAGACACUCUGCCCCUCAGACGGUGCCUCUGAGCGUCUCUCUGUCGCAAAGGUAGUUGAGGAAUUAAAGGAAAUUGUGGGAUUCCUGCUCAGAAGGAAUAGAGAUCUACUUUCAGAAUGUGAACAAUUGUCAUGGAGUUCUUACAACAUUAACAGGCUGGUGACACUUUUGUCCAAACUUAUUCAUUCUCAGUUAGAGAUGCAAGGCUGUCAUCAGCAGACAGGAUCCACUUGGACAAAUGUGGUUCCUGAAAGCCACCAUCACUUCUGCUGUUACCUGCGGCGGGUUCUACAGAGGCUGCAGUCUCAGCUGGGCGCACUGGGUGCCACCGAGCUCCACCAGCCUUGUGAUUUCCUGAGUGCAGCCAGCCAACUGCAAAAGCUCCAGGAAAUCUUGGAAACACACAUUCUUUCCACGGAGCAAGGACCGUCCAGGGAGACGACCAGUUUCCCACUCCUGACCUCAGAGGAGGAGAAGCAGCCCCUCUUAAACGGCCUGCGUGGAUGGUUGGCUUAUCCCUGCUGGCUCCUCCUGGGUAUCAUUAGUCUGGCCUCAGCCUACUUCACAGCACUUUAUAGCCUGGAACUGAACAAAGAGCAAGCCACCAGCUGGGUGAUCUCCUUGGCACUCUCAGUGCUCCAGAACACCUUCAUCAGCCAGCCGGCAAAGGUGAUCAUCCUCUCAUUCUUCUUCUCACUGAUGCUGAACAGGACGCCGUGGCUUAGGAAGCAGAGGGAACAACAGAUGAAGAGGAUCUUGGCCCUCGUGGCUAACUCAGGAUGCUCUGCACCAUUACCUGGAACCAGAGAUAAGAACAACCCCAUCUACGUGGCCCCAGCGAUGAACAGCCCAGUCCUGCCUCCAAGGAGGACGCUGAGAAAGAAGCAGCUCCUCAGACUGACCGGAGAUAUUUUGGUGCAAAUUCUCUUCCUGAUUUUGCUGAUGACUACAAUCUAUUCUGCAAAGAACUCUAACAGAUUUUACCUCCAUCAAGCCAUCCAGAAGAGCUUUACUAAUCGUUUCUCAGAGAUCAAGCUUCUUAAAGAUUUCUACUCCUGGGCCAAUAACAUCCUCCUUCCUAACCUGUAUGGAGGUUACAGAGGUAAGAACACAGUCCUGGGAGUCUUACAACAUCUUAAACAGAGCAACUGGCUGGACCAACACACCAAAAGCCUCUUUGUAGAAUUUGUGGUCUUCAAUGCUAACGUGAACCUGUUCUGUGUUGUAAUCCUCAUUUUGGAGUCCAGCAGAAUGGGUGCUUUCUUCACCUCUGUGAAGCUGGACAGCUUAACUGCCCUUUAGAUAUCGAGGAACAGCUUUGCCUGGUCAAUUACCUCACAAGUCUUCUAUUACCUACUAGUCUGUUACUACACUUUUGUCCAGGGCUGUCGGCUGAAAAGUCAGAGGUGGAAGUUCUUCUCUAGGAAAAGAAACAUUCUGGACACAGGCAUAAUCCUCCUGAGUGUCAGCAUCUUGGGACUUGACAUGAAGCGCAUUUCUCUGCACAAGAAGAACUUGGCACGAUACCGCCACGACCGGGACGGGUUCAUCAGCUUCUAUGAGGCAGUAAGAAUGAACUCUGCUGUCAUUUACCUCACGGGCUUCCUGGUUCUGCUGGGAACUCUCCAGCUGUGGAGCUUGCUGCGUCAUGACCCCCGGCUGCGAGUCAUCGACAGCACGCUGAGCAAAGCCUGGGACGAGGUGGUGGGCUUUUUGCUGGUCAUCCUGAUCCUGCUGAUGGGCUAUGCCAUUGCUUUUAACUUGCUGUUUGGGUGGAUCGUCUCUGACUACAGAACCCUUUUCAGCGCCACAGUGAAUAUCGUUGGUCUCCUGAUGGGAAUCUCUCACUACAGAGAGGUUAUUGCUAUAGACCCAGUCCUGGGCUCCAUUCUCAUCUUCACCUGUGUCGUCAUGAUGGUACUUGUGAUCAUUAACCUUUUUGUUUCUGCCAUUCUAAUGGCCUUUGGUGAAGAAAGGAAGUCUCUCAAGAAAACAGCUGCACUGGUAGAUAUGCUGACACAAAAGCUCUCGAGCUUGUUAGGAAUCCAGCACCAGAACGCACCCUCGUCUGAACAGCUACCAUGA